ACAGCGCAGCGCAGCGCGAGAGCAAGCGGAUCAGAACGGAAGAGAUUCGAGUUUGUCGCUGCGUUUCCAUCAGUUUUAGAUCGGAUUGAGUGUGUUGUUAUGUGUGUUUGUGUGCGAUCAGUCGCGUGUUGAACGGAUAACAGCUGAGCGGAAGACACGUUGUCAGGCUGAUGAAGCAGACAGUAUGCUGGAGAUGUGCUGCGCUCCUGUCCGCUCCGCUGUGGUCGGGCUGGUCCUGAUGCUGAUGCUGUGCUGGUGUGCGCCGGUGGACGGCAGUAACGUGGUCAUACAGAGAGACGCUCAGUUUGAUGUCACUUACUAUGACACGGUCACCAGUGACAACCAGACCAUCUACUCGUACAACCACACCGUCUCCAGAAACAAGACGGAGGGCGUGCGGGUUUCAGUGGAGCUGCUGUCAGAGAGCGUUCAAAGUCCGCUGCUGUUCGUGGUCAGACAGAAACAGGCGGUUCUGUCGUUUCAGGUUCCACUCAUUCUCAGAGGCUUGUAUCAGAGGAAAUAUCAGUACACUCAGGUGGGCCGGACGCUGUGCCAGCCGCCCACUAAAGCCGUGUCAGAGAUGCAGUUCUUCUAUGUGGACGUGUCGACGCUGUCCAGCGCUGGGGUUCACUAUCAGCUGCGUGUCAGUCGCGUGGACAGCUUCAAUCUGCUGACAGACAAGAAAUUCUGCUUCAACGCAACGCCAUCCCAGCCCCAGUUCUUUAAGUAUGUGUUUCCUGAUGGUGUGGACACGGUGAUCGUGAAGAUAAACUCACAGAAGAACUUUCCCUGUUCAGUCAUGUCUAUACAAGACAUCCAGUGUCCUGUUUUUGAUCUGGAUAAUAAUGUGGCAUUUAUUGGCAUGUAUCAGACUAUGACCACCACUGCUGCUAUCACAGUCCAGAGGAAGGACUUUCCCAGUAACAGCUUUUACGUGGUGGUGGUACUGAAGACUGAAGAUGAGGCGUGUGGAGGACCGCUGAGAUGAGCUGAUGGAUGCUGGAAAUCGCAGUAAAACUCUGGAUGUGAUUGUGUCUCCUGCUAUCAACUCUGACGUGUAUGUGAUGGGAAUGCUCUUCUGUCUG